AACACUUCUGCAACCACAAGAGACUGGAAUUUUGCUGUUCCACCAGAAAAACAAGAUACAACAAUGCAAACCGUACUUUAGAAUCGAUCCUUUAAAGAGAUAAGGGAAGUUUUUGUCUGUUGGAUCAGACGGAAUUGACUCUAAAGACUGCCAAGUGGCCUGUUCCAGCGAGACCGACUGGCAACGUUUGACUCUAAUUUAAUUUGGACUAGCUCUUCCAUUUCAUAAAAUUUUUAUUUCUCCGAAUGGCUUCAAGUAGUGGAUCUGGAGGGAGAUCACCUCAAAAGCUACGGGAAGUAGUUAACUCUAGUAAGUUUGACGGUGUGGAAUUUCCUGAAGAAAUGAAAGCAAAUCUAGAAAAGCUAAGAGCACUGUCAAAAGAUGAUUUAUCAGAAAAUGGACUACUGCGAGGCCGCGUCGAUCAGCAGUGUGAACUGAUAUGCAUUCUAAAACAGCGUGCAGACGAAUCUCUGAAAAAGUCCACAACUCUGGAGGAAGAAAACAGUGAGCUUAAAAAACACAGAGACGAAAUAUUGACUGCAUUGCACAAUGAAACAAGGAAAUUUUCUGUAAUGGAGAAAAGAUUCUUUGCGCUUAAUAAGAAUCAUGAAGAACUUAUAAAAAUAAAGGAUGAAUAUAAAACAGAGAAUGACAAGUUACGGAUGGAAAACAGUACUUUGAAGAGGGAAAAUGAAGGUCUCUUUGGAAGCCUUGUACAAGAGCGAGAUGCACAAAUAAGGCAACUUAGAGAUGAGUUGAAAAGUCUCUAUGAUGAAUAUGAAGCUGCAAAGGGAAAAGAAAGGGUAGCAUUGGGGAAUCUGUCUGCUAUGGAAAAGAAGCAUGGUGAGCAGACUGAAAAACUUCAAAAAGAAAUCACAGUGUUGCAGAGAGAAGCAGAAGAGCAGCAUAGGAAGUCAGAAGAAAAGUUAAAAAUGUCCUUAAUAGAGAAAGAUGAAACUCAAGCAAAGGCAUUGGGACUGGCCAAAGAUAGAGAUGAGUUUGCAAAACUGGCUUUGGAAAGAGGGAAGGCUUUAGAAGAAAAACAAAGAGAAAUUAAAGAGCUUUGUCAGAAGCUAGAAGAGACGGAAAGAUCAUUGAAAGAGACUGAAGAUAAGUUUGUGUCUGAACUACGCAGCAUGUCAGUGAACGCACAAGUUCUAAGACUCAAAAAACAGCUUGAAGACUCUGAAAGAAGACAAAGGGAAAGUGCAAAGGAGCACGAUGCAUACAAACGACAUAUGUCCACCUUGUUGGGAAAGGAGAAAGAACUGAAUAACAAGCUCAGAGUUCUGAUUGGCUAGAAUGCUUCGGAUCCAGUCUGCACAACGUUUGUGGGCUCGGCACGACUGAUGAACAAUAGUCACCAACACGUAUUUAUAGCACAGAAGAACUUUAAUAAAUUCAGGCGUAUAUUUUAAACCUUUAAUUCGGGGGGGGGGUAACAAAUUAAGUAUAGACAUGACUGUGUAUUACUAUGAGUAGUGUGUCUCUAUUUGCUGGAUUCAGCUCGUAGCUGUCGUCCCGAAGGUUUCCUUGCUUGCAGGAAAGUGUAAGGCUGGAAGGGUCUACAAAUUCGUGCCAGACACCCGACAAAAGACGUCUUCCCGACUUGUCUCAAACCUUCCCGUGGGCAGAGAAACGUACAUCCUGAUGAUAAUAACGUGCGCCUGCUCUCAGGCUAUGAGGGCAGCGAGUGGAAACUGUCGUAAGACUUCUGUUAAUCUUUGGUCUCAACUUUCAUUAGUUUUCUCACAUUUUUGAUAUAUUAAAUUAAAGUUCUGCACUUUGUGAUU